UUGGUUUCUUCUCCUGCAGUGAUCAGCUUCUUUGGGGAUCCUCGGAUCGCCAAUCGCCAUCAUUCUUGGAUAGAGUGGACCAAUCAGCGACAGUCUUUGAUGAAUAUUCAUGACUCCAUGAUUCAAACCUUUGAGCGAGUUUGUCUUGGUCCACAGCAUCACACGCCAGACACAAACUACAUUUUCUUAUGAAUGGAAAGAGAAAAAAUGAGUUCGGCUUAAAUUGGGAUCCGUCCUUCACUGAGAUCAUACAAGAAAACAAAUAAGCAGGAGAGACGAUUCGCUCGAAGAGAUGACAAUGACUACAAUACCAGAAGGUCUUAAUAGCCCUGUCUCGGGAAAAACCGUUUUCAUGGAAUUUGGACCCCCGAGUCAACAAAUGUCGCCUUCCUCCAUGUCCCACGGACACUACCCCAUGCACUGUUUACAUUCUGCAGGUCAUCCCCAGCACGACAGCUCCUACAGUCCGGCGUCCUCCUUUCCCAGGUCCUUGGCUUAUCCAUACGUCAACUCCGUGGGCGGCCACUCCACCAGCCCGUACCUCAGCACCGUGCAGAGCUACCACCACAGCCCGGCGCAGCUCUCCCAGACCCGGCUGGAGGACCCAGCACCGGAAUCGGAGAAGAACACCGUAGUGGAAGGGGGAGAAGUUCGCUUCAACGGAAAGGGCAAAAAGAUCCGAAAGCCCAGAACUAUCUACUCGAGUUUACAGCUCCAGGCUCUGAACCGGAGGUUUCAACAGACCCAGUACUUGGCGUUGCCGGAGCGGGCAGAGCUGGCAGCCUCCCUCGGUCUCACGCAGACACAGGUGAAGAUUUGGUUCCAAAACAAGCGAUCCAAAUUCAAGAAGCUGAUGAAGCAAGGCGGAGGUCAGAUCGACGCCAGCGCUUUGGCCAAUGGCCGAGGACUUUCCAGCGGCUCCCCCACCGGUGCACCUGUCUGGAGUUCCCCCACCACCGGGAAGACAUCCGUGGGAACGCCUGCGCCCUACAUCCCCAGCUACACGUCGUGGUACCCCACCACGCACCAUGAAUCUAUGCAGCAAUCACAGCUCAUGUGAAGGGAGAACCGGCUCUCCCCAUCUCCUGGUGCCGCACGCACGGGCUCACGCGAGACUGAAAGGGGGGCGAGCACUCAGCGUGCCCCCCCCCGGGGGGUCAACGCACACAUGUAUUCCCGAGCUGGCCAGUGAGUCGCCUCUGCCUCUGACACAAUGCCCCCCCUGAUACCGGACGACUGCGGUCUGCGCGGAGGGAUCUGGAGAGGCUGGAGGGGCGCAUUACUGCCUGGGGGGGCGAACUGUCCUUCGGCGUCCGCGACAGCCACCGGAAAUGGUAAACAAAUGGAUAUUUUUGGCUACUCCGUUAAUGGUUUUUUGCUGCAUUUGAGAGCGCAUGGGUGGAAUGGGCCGAGCCGACUCCGAGAACAAUCCACGAUGGUAUAUUUUUCAUUAGGCUAUGGAUGAAUAAACCCCAGGCGACUGACCCACAACUGGAGGUUGGUGUGGGCUGCUGUUCGGGCCGAGGAACUGUGUGAACAUCUGGGAGUGAAUCAUCUCCCCACCAACACUUUUUAAUUACAAAUGUAUCGGGCCUUGUCGUUUUUAAAACAGAUACUAAUGAUAGCACAGCAUCCAUUUUGAAUAUUCGCCAAGGCUACAGCCCGAUGCUAUCAAAGAUUGUGAAAAGACUGAAAUUGAUAAUAUAAUAUGUGUGUGCGUGUGUGUGUUUUCUAUUUAAUUUAAGUUAUUCGGAAUUGUUUCUGUUGAGAGUCAAUACGUGUUCAUUUGUUUGUGUAUUUGACAUGACAUCUUUAUGUGUUGAUGCUGCACUUAAUGCCAGCGAUGCUCUGAAUGGGCCCCCGUAAGGAGACGCGUAAGGGCCUGUCCUGCUUUAAGACACAAGGUCAAGGACUCGUUUGACCCGGCGUUGAUGUAAAAAAUAGAUAUUCCCAGAUUUGUGAUGUAUUUGGUACGCUGUGAGACCGGGUUUUAGACAUUCUGUAUUCGUCGAGAUGUGUUUAGUCAGUAUAGAAAUAUUUAGUUUUGUAUUGAUCACUUAAUUUAUUUAUUUGUUUUUCCCUGUAAAUAUGUGCAAAGUUUCAAAACAGUAAAAUAUUGAUUUAAAUGAUGUAAAGAAAGGGUGUCUUAUUAAAACCAAUGUUCCUGAGGAAGAUAAUUGAAAGGCUGAUGAGAUGAAGCGUCAUCGUUUCAAACCCUAACGUGUAUGACUGGUAAUGAGUAGGUCUACUUGACAAAGGCCUGACCGAGGAGAAGUGUUUUCUAUUUUUUAUUAGUUCAUUCUUUAUUUCACUGUCUAAAUCAGAAUUAUUCAGGCUACCAAAGACGGUCUUAUAAUUCUGAUUAAAAUAUAAAGUUAUUUGCAGAGUAUUAACAGAAUAUUUAAAAUGGUGCGUUGUAGAAUAUUGCAUUAACUCUUUGAUAAAUGUAAAACAGACACAACACAACUUCUAAAGUAGCCUUAGGCCUUCUGUCUUAAGCUACAUUUCCACAUUUUAUUUUUGCUACAGGAUAUCGAUUGAAGCCUAUAUGAUCCAACAUGAAUGGAUGACCCGAUCCUUAUCCUUGAUGCUUCGUGUC